AUGUUAAUUGCGAAAGAGGGAAAACCAUUUACAGACGCAGAAUUUGUCAAAAAAUGUGUACUAAGCAUGGCCGGUAAUAUUUGUCCAGAUAUUGUACAUAAGUUUGAAGAAGUCCCCUUAUCUGCUCGUACAAUAACAAGACGUAUUGAAGAUGUUUGUGACAAUUUAUUACGGAGCAAGAAAUAUGACAGGCAAAAAUAUUUUAUUGCAAUAGCUAUUAUUAUUAAUAAAAUGAAAUUAAAAGAAUUGUCACCACCGCUAUUUUUUCAUUGCAUUAUUCAUCAGCAUGCACUUUGUGCCAAAAUUAUGUCGUGGGAUUCAAUAAUGAAAGAAGUAGUAUCUAUCAUCAAUUUUAUACGAAGCAAUGGACUGAAUCAUAGACAAUUUCAAAGUUUUUUGAUUGAAAUUAAUGCAGAAUAUGGCGAUGUAUUGUACUACACCGCAGUUAGAUGGUUAAGCAGAGGUCGUGUACUUGAAAGGUUUUUCAUGUUACGUCAGGAAAUAUAUAAUUUUUUGAAAGAAACAAGUACAAGCACAAGUAAUUUUAAUGUGGAAAUUGAAAAAAUAAUAAACAAUAUCCAACAACAAAAAUCACAUUAA